UUAUAAAGGUAUAUCUAGUUCUUCUGAAAGCGCCUAUAACACAAAGCAUUGAUUACUCAGGAAAGAAUUUGAUUGAGAAUCUAGGUAGAAAUUGGAAACAUUAAGAAGAUUUAUAAAUUUAAUAAACUGAAGCUGCACCGAAAAAUUUUUGUUGAGAUAUAAAAUUAAUAUUUGUUUAGUAUUUUAAAAAAUGGCCCAAAGUAAAUUAAACGAUUUUGCAAAUAGAUUUGGUAAAGGACCAAAUGGGUUAAACGCUGGCAUUAAAGUACUUACUAUGGCUGGUUUAGCAACAUAUGGUGUUUCACAAUCGAUGUAUACAGUUGAUGGUGGUCAUCGAGCUAUUAUAUUUUCACGACUUGGUGGUGUUCAGAAAGAUAUUAUGACUGAAGGGCUGCAUUUCCGUAUUCCAUGGUUUCACUAUCCUAUAAUAUAUGAUAUACGAAGUAGACCAAAGAAAAUUUCAUCUCCUACAGGUUCAAAAGAUUUACAAAUGGUAAAUAUUUCAUUAAGAGUUUUAUCCCGUCCUGAUGCAAGUACAUUACCAUCUAUGUAUCGCCAACUUGGACUUGACUAUGAUGAAAAGGUGUUACCUAGUAUAUGUAAUGAAGUUCUUAAAUCUGUUGUCGCCAAGUUUAAUGCAUCUCAAUUAAUUACACAGCGACAACAAGUAUCAACAUUAGUCAGAAAAGAGUUAACUGAGCGAGCUAGAGAUUUUAAUAUAAUUUUGGAUGAUGUUUCUAUAACAGAAUUGAGUUUUGGAAAAGAAUAUACAGCUGCUGUUGAAGCAAAGCAAGUAGCUCAACAAGAAGCUCAGCGAGCUGCUUUUGUAGUAGAAAGAGCAAAACAAGAAAGACAACAAAAAAUUGUACAAGCUGAAGGUGAAGCAGAAGCAGCAAGAAUGUUAGGCAUAGCUGUUAGUCAAAAUCCUGGUUAUCUAAAACUCAGAAAAAUAAGAGCUGCGCAAACUAUUUCACGUACAAUUUCCAGCUCACAGAAUCGUGUGUAUCUAAGUGGUAAUAGCUUAAUGCUUAAUAUACAAGAUCCUACAUUUGACGACCUUUCAGAAAAAUUAAAAAGUAAAAAGUAA